AUGGGUAGAAUGAUUGCACGCAUCCGAAGUGAACUUUAUUAUGGUAUAAUAGGUCUUGGGACACCAUCACAAUAUUUUAAGAUACUUUUUGAUACUGGAUCAAUACCACUUUGGAUACCUUCAAUUAAUUGCAUUGAUAGCUGUGGAUGUUUAAUACAUAAUAGAUUUGAGAGCAAUAAUUCGAAUACAACAUAUUUUAAUGGCAAAAAUAAUUGGUUUUAUUUUCAAUAUGGAACUGGAAUUGUUUCUGGACAUUUAAUAAAUGAUAUACUGCAGAUUGCUGGUAAAAUUGUAGAAAAUCAACAAUUCGGUGAAAUAUUUUUUGAAUCAAAUCCUUUAUUGGAAACGGCUGCAUAUGAUGGAAUUUUUGGCUUAAGUUUAAAAUUAAACAACCUUAAUAUCAGUUCACCUCUCAUAAAUAUUUGGAAACAAAAUUUAAUUGAAAAACCAUUAUUUUCCUUUUAUAUAAAUCGAAAUACAUCAACACUUAUUAAAGGCGAAUUGAAUAUUGGUGGUUAUAAUACUAAUUUCUAUAAAGGUGAUAUUCAUUACCAUAAUUUAACAGGAGAUUCAUUUUGGACAAUUGAAAUCGAUUUUGGUUUUAUUGGAAGACUAAAAUUUUGUAAUAAUAAAUGUAAUGCAAUGAUUGAUACAGGAUCUUAUCCAUCAAUUAAUACAAUUGAACCUUUGCAUAUUGAUUGCAAAAAAAUAAAAUAUUUACCAUCAAUUAAUUUUAUUAUUGAUUCGAAAACAUAUCAACUUAAUGGAAAGGACUAUGUAGGAAAGCCGAAGGAAAUUAAUAUUGCAAUGCAUCCGUAUAUCACUGAAACCAAGACUUCAAUACUUCAAUUAACAUUUCAUUAA